GUUUUUAGGAAUUUUCCAAGUGAAACUAUUCCAUUCUCUGGACUUCCGGCCUUCUCUCAGCUCUAUCACCCACGUCGAGGGGUUUACAAUUUACUCUUUGUUUAUUUAUAUAAGGGUAUGCAUAGACGAUGUUCGAAUUUCGCUCUUAAUUUAUGACCAUCGAUACAAAGGUCCUCGAAGAACAUUCAAGACAUAUCGAUACAAUAGACUAUCGAUAAAUAUUCCCAUGGCAGUGUCGCCACACCACUCUAAACAUAUUCACGUGAUAACGUUUCACGUUACAGUACACUUUUUGGCAGUGAUCCUACUGUUCUUUCCUAUACUGUGGUUCUGGGACCACUGGUUGGAUCUGUAAUCACCGUAUGUCACUGCAACAUACCCAUUGUGGAUUUUACUCGUCUUUGUUCGUGUAUAAACAUAAGCACAUAAUGCUAGGCAGAUCAAAUAUAAACGACAGUUUAAUUUCUUCGGUUCGUGAUGGGGAUUUAAAAAGAGUAUGCGAGUUAAUCAAUGUUUACGGUCUAUCUUAUUCACAAGCAUGGUCAGAAGGAUACGUUUUACUCCGUGAUGCUAUUGCAAAUGAACAUACAGAAAUUGCUAGACUACUUUUAAUAAAUGGUUCCAAAGUUAACAGUAAAAACGAGAAUCCCUCUGAUAGUCCACUUCAUUUAGCUGUUAGGAAGUGUAACAGAGAAAUUGUUGAACUGCUUCUAGAUAGAGGUGCUGAUGUUAAUUUUAGAAAUGAACGAGGUUACACUGCGCUGCAUGAUGCGGUUAAAACUGGAAACAUGGAAAUUACUCAACUACUUUUGAAUCAGGGAGCUUAUGCUGAUGCUAUAGACAAUUACGGUAUAAUUCCACUAAACAUUGCUGCUGUGAAAGGAUAUGUACAGAUUGCUAAAGAUCUUCUAAAUCAUGGGGCUUAUAUUUAUUCUGUAUGUACUUCAAAAGGGUGGGAAGGGUAUAUGUCACUACAUUUUGCCUCUAUAGCAGGUAGCGAAGAAGCUGUUAGAUUAUUUUUGGAUAAAGGUGUUGAUGUUAAUACUAACGCAAAGGAUAAUUUAACGCCACUUCAUAUGGCCACUAAAGCAGGACAUGAAACAGUUGUAAAUCUACUCCUAAAGCAUGGGGCUAAGGUUGAUGCCCAGGAUAAGAAUGGCAAGACUGCACUGUAUCUUGCUGUUGGACAAGAAUAUUCAAAUAUUGUUAAGGUUAUUUUAAAGUAUUGUCCUGAUAUUAAUAAUGAAAGCAACAGAAGCUCUUUUGAAGCCGCAGUAUACGGGUAUAGAAAAGAGAUCGUUGAGACUUUUCUUCAACAUGGUUUUACUGUUAAUCCUAAAGAUAUAAAGAAUCCUAAAUUGCUGUAUACUGCUGUUGAGAAAGGAUAUUUGAAAAUUGUUGAAGACCUGUUGAAGUAUGGUGCUAAUGUUAAUACAUUACACAGUUCAAUGUAUAAAAAAGGUUUUACGCCUCUACAUAAUGCAGCCAACAACGAGCAAAAGGAAAUGGCCAAAUUAUUGAUAAACUAUGGAGCUAAUGUUAAUGCUAAAGAUGCAAGUGAAAAAACUCCAAUAUUUUAUGCUAUUGAAAACGUUGAUGCAAAAGUCACCAAACUACUUUUAACUAAUGGAGCUGGUAUAAAAGAUAGUCCUGAGUUACUAAGUAUUGCUGUUAAAAAGAAAUGCAAAGAAAUUGUUGAAAUUCUUUUACAACAUGAUGCUGAUAUUAAUGCUACUGAUGAGUGUGGAAGAACAGCCUUAUAUUUUACUGCUCUUGAUAAAGAGAGAGAAAUUGCUGCAUUGCUGUUGAGUAAGGGGGCUAAUGUUAAUGCUAAAACUAAAGAUGGAGAAACAACACUUCAUGCUGCUAUUGAGAAUGGAUGUACAAAAGUAUUUGAAGCUCUUUUGGAAUACAAUGCAGAUGUUAACUAUAUAGUAGAAGGUGAUAUGACACUGCUCCAUCUUUCUGCUCAGAAAGGAAAUGAGGUAAUUAGCAAAAUGCUUUUAAAGAAAGGGGUCGACGUUAAUGCUACACGAAAAGAUCGAAUGACUGCACUUCAUAUUGCUGCUAAAAACGGUCAUUCGCAAAUUGUUGAGAUUCUCUUGGAAUUUGGUGCUGAAGUUGACUUUAGAGAUGAGUAUGGUAGAACAGCACUUCAUAUUGCUUCUGAAGAAGGAUAUACACAAACUAUUAAUGCUCUUCUAGAAUAUGGUUCUGACAUCAACAUUAUAAGUAAAGGUGGUUAUACGCCACUUAAAUAUGCUAUGAUUAGAUAUGGUGAAUACUUACAGGAUAGACGUGAUCUUGAAUUUAAUAACUAUGAUCCUGAUCGUGAUUAUUAUGAGCCUGAUCGUGAUUAUUAUCAUCCUUAUGGUCGUUAUUAUGAGCCUGAUCGUGAUUAUUAUCAUCCUUAUCGUGAUUAUUAUAAGCCUGAUCGUGAUUAUUAUGAUCUUUUUCCUGAUUAUGAUGAAGGAUAUGUUGAGAUCCUUAAACAGUACAUAGUUAAAGUAAAAACUGCAGGCUUAUACGUAAAUGCAAUAAAUUUAAGUUGGAUUAAUUUCGGUGGAACUAGGCUCAUGGAAAUUAGUGACAAUGAAAUUAGUGACAAUGAAUUUAGCAAUUUUCAGAGGGAAUGUAAAGCAGAAAUAGAAAUUAUGACAGGCGAGAAGAUUGAUAGUAGCAAUACUUCUUUUCACGAUAUCCUGACAAAGAGUAUAAGUCAAUUAGCAAUAUAUGCAAGGAAUAAAAAUAUAGUACAGGCCUUGAAAUCAGAUGAUUAUAAAACGAAAUUUCCAAUAUAUGCUAGUGUAAUAAAUGGUCGAUUUAGGAGAGGCAUAGAAAAAAAAAAGUUACUGGAACAAUGCAAUAUGUUUUUCCAUUCUCUCUGCAAAAGCCUUCUUGAAUUACCAACUUAUUGUACUGAAAAAGUAUUGAGUUACCUAAAUGAUGAAGAUUUAAGAAUUUUAAUAGAUGCUUGCAAGCCUUUGAAUAGCCCUAAUACCUAUAUUAGCGAUGUGGAACAUGCCUUAGUUGUGAAAGGUAGACAGAUAGAAUUUCUAGAUACUAACUAUGACAUGGCAAAGAAUACUACUAUCUCGAUAAGGUACCAAAUAGCAAAGAAUAUAAGAAGCUGGAUAUUAAGGCGGAAAUAUACUGUAAAAGAUUUAGCAAAUAAAACAGGUAUAGGAUACUAUACGCUGUUAAGAUAUGCAAAAGGAAAAUGUGGCAUUCUAACUAAAAAUUUAAAACGUAUAGCAAAUGAAUUGUCAGUUUCUGUUGAUAAUCUACUUAGUCACAUGCAUUGUUCAACCUGGUUCCUCAGUGUAUUUCUUGGCCUUCGAGUGAUGAAGCUCAACUUACAAUGCGUGGUGUGUAAUCACAGGGCAAUGAUUACUCAUUGUUAUGUUGGUCAUCUAGGAUCAGUUCAUGACCAGAGAGUCUUCAUACAAUCGGAAGUUGCUGAAUAUUUAAAUGAUGACAGCAAAUUUCCUUUUGAUAAUCAUUUAGUUGGAGAUUCUGGGUAUGAAUUACAUCAACAUCUCUUGGUUCCGUUUAAAGAUAACGGACAUUUAACCGCUGCACAAAAAAAUGUCAAAUAUUUUGCAAAUCCCAAAAGAAACAUAAAAAAUGAUAAAGACAGAGAGAAUGCUGCAUUGCUGCUAAGUAAAGGGGCUAAUGUUAAUGCUAAAACUAAAGAUGGAGUAACAACACUUCACGCUGCUAUUAAGAAUGGAUGUACAAAAGUCGUUGAAGCUCUUUUGGAAUACAAUGCAGAUGUUAACUAUAUAGUAGAAGGUGAUAUGACACUGCUCCAUCUUUCUGCUCAGAAAGGAAAUGAGCUAAUUAGCAAAAUGCUUUUAAACAAAGGGGCCGACGUCAACGCUACACGAAAAGGUCGAAUAACUGCACUUCAUAUUGCAGCUAAAAACGGUCAUUCGCAAAUUGUUGAGAUUCUCUUGGAAUUUGGUGCUGAAGUUGACUUUAGAGAUGAGUAUGGUAAAACAGCACUUCAUAUUGCUUCUGAAGAAGGAUAUGCACAAAUUAUUAAUGCUCUUCUAGAAUAUGGUUCUGACAUCAACAUUAUAAGUAAAGGUGGUCAUACGCCACUUGAAUAUGCUAUGAUUAGAUAUGAUCAAUACUUACAGGAUAGAUAUGAUCUUCAAUUUAAUAACUAUGAUCCUGAUCGUGAUUAUUAUGAGCCUGAUCGUGAUUAUUAUCAUCCUUAUCGUGAUUAUUAUGAUCCUGAUCGUGAUUAUUAUGAGCCUGAUCGUGAUUAUUAUGAGCCUGAUCGUGAUUAUUAUGAUCCUUAUCGUGAUUAUUAUGAUCCUGAUCGUGAUUAUGAUGAAGGAUAUGCUGAGAUCCUUAAACAGUACAUAGUUAAAGUAAAAACUGCAGGCUUAUACGUAAAUGCAAGAAAUUUAAGUUUGAUUAAUUUCGAUGAAACUAGGCUCAUGGAAAUUAGUGACAAUGAAAUUAGUGACAAUGAAAUUAGUGACAAUGAAAUUAUAGGCAUUAAAUUUAGCAAUUUUCAGAGGGAAUGUAAAGCAGAAAUAGAAAUUAUGACAGGCGAGAAGAUUGAUAGUAGCAAUACUUCUUUUUACGAUAUCCUGACAAAGAGUAUAAGUCAAUUAGCAAUAUAUGCAAGGAAUAAAAAUAUAGUACAGGCCUUGAAAUCAGAUGAUUAUAAAACGAAAUUUCCAAUAUAUGCUAGUGUAAUAAAUGGUCGAUUUAGGAGGGGCAUAGAAAAAAAAAAGUUACUGGAACAAUGCAAUAUGUUUUUCCAUUCUCUCUGCGAAAGCCUUCUUGAAUUACCAACUUAUUGUACUGAAAAAAUAUUGAGUUACCUGAAUGGUGAAGAUUUAAGAAUUUUAAUAGAUGCUUGCAAGCCUUUGAAUAGCCCUAAUACCUAUAUUAGCGAUGUGGAACAUGCCUUAGUUGUGAAAGGUAGACAGAUAGAAUUUCUAGAUACUAACUAGAAGUUUGACGUCAAUAUUUGCUGAAAAAUUCAUCUUAACCUGUGUAAUAUUUAUUUCUGCAAAAUCGCUAGUGACAUGGCAAAGAAUACUACUAUCUCGAUAAGGUACCAAAUAGCAGAGAAUAUAAGAAGCUGGAUAUUAAGGCGGAAAUAUACUGUAAAAGAUUUAGCAAAUAAAACAGGUAUAGGAUACUGUA